GUUUAUUCAAUUACAGUUGUAUAAUAUAAAAUUUUGAGUUCCCGUGAUUCUAUUUUGAUUCGUAAGUUGCGAUUAUUGUAAAAGCGAAAAUGUGUGGUGGUCGCAAAACAGGUAUUCACUGUAUUCUAAUUGACAAAUCUAAGAGUAAUUAGAAAUAUAAAAAUCCAAAAGACUUACUUGAUAAACAUUUGAUCUAGCAUUAUUUAGCAAUUGGAAUUUUUUUAUUAUUUUCAACAACUGAACUUAUAUAACAAUUUUAAUAAGUAAGUAUUUUAAAAGUAGUCAAAAUAUGUUUUUAAUCUACUGAGAACAACUGUUUUUUUAUUUUUUAUUUUUUUUUUUCAAUAACGCCCAAAAAGUUGUAAUACAUUGGAAACAUUUUUUCUUUUCCUUAACGAGUCCUCAAAAAUGUCACAAGAAUUAUCUCAAUCUGUUCAUUCUUUUUGAAGACAUUAUGAUUUUUAAAUAUACGAACAUAAAAAAAUAAGAAUUCGUACUAUAAAAAUAUAAAUUCUACACAACGAAAGAAUAAUGAAAAGUUUUGGGUACAGAACUGUAGAGAAGUCGAAUCCCCGGUUAAUAAAACUUAUUUGAAAUGAUUCAAAACAAUUCAAAUUGAUUAGUAUAUAGAUAUACACUUAGGAUUAAAUAAUAUUUCUUAACCAGGGCUGUUUUGUUAUUAUUUAAAAUUUUAACGUCUUUCUUAUGGAAAACUCCAAGUAUUCGUCAUUGUCUUUUUUUAACUCAGUUUUUGUGGUUAUUUCACAAUACUAAUACAUCUAAGUCAACGAUAUCUUCACAUAAUGUCAAAUAUUUAUGUAUAGAAGUUGAUACAGAUUCUUACUUUUGCAUUGACACAUUAUUUUAAAUUAGAAACUAUUAUCGACACGUUGCAAAAUUAUUUUACUAUCACUACGAUAUGGAAAAUAAAAUAACUAUUUCAACCAAUACUUCUUCAAAAACGCUAGAUCAUAAAAUUAAUAAAUCAUGCAAUAUCUUAGCAUCUUCAAAAACAUUUACUGAUGAAUCUAUAAACAAGAAGAAUAUAACCUACAAAAUUAACAGAUUACAUGAACUAAUUUCUGAUCCAAUAACUCGAGAAAAUAUGAUUUGGAUUGAUCGAUUGCUUAAUAGUUUUCUACGGGAUAUGAAACAUCGUGGAUAUAAAUUGAAAUAUCUUCCAGCUGUUACAGAGCUCUUACAAUUCUUAGCAUGGAAAGCAAAUGAUAUACCAGGAUAUAAAAUACACUUAAAUAAUAUGAUAAAACUCUCCUCUUAUCCACUGUUACUUGAAAAAUCUUCAGAUAAUAUAUCAUACUCUGAAAUAUUAGACUUUUAUUUUACAGUAUUAGGAUAUCUAACUAUUUUACUACCACACGAAGACCAAAUUAUAAAUAUUCUUAAAACUUUCAAUAAAUUGUUAGUUAGACCAACAUCUUUUGAUGUUUUCAUGGUAAAAUUGGAUGUUUAUCAUCGAUCUAUUGAAAAAUCACAAGUUUCAAUAAUUUUUGUCAAGCUGAUAGAAAUAAGUUCACCGGGAAUAUAUAGAAAUGUUUUAGACACUGCGCAGAUCAUUCUAUCAAUAUCUCAUAUUUGUUGUCAUAAAAUGUUAAAAGCGGGUAUUUUGAAUUAUCUUCUGGUAAGAAUGAAUGAUAAAUCAUCACUUGAUACAAGUGUAAAAUUAGAAAAAAAUAGUGUAAAAGUCAAUGAAAAUAUUAUAGUAAUAAAUAUUCUAUUCUUAUUAAUGGAAUCGAUUUUUCCUCCACAAACAUUACCAGAAGCUUUAAAAAAACUACCAGCUCCUUCUCCGGCUGCAAUGAGAUCUUUGAGGGAUAUAUUUGAACAAGUAACUGUUUACUCCGGAACAAAUUGUAAAAUUUUAACUAUUCGCAACAAUUUAGCUACAAUUAUUUUCAUGGGACUUGUAGCUUUACCUUCAUUACCUAUCGUUAAUUUUGAUCUUGCUGAAGAUAUUAUUAAAAUUUUAAUAACAAAAGAACUUAAAAACAAUGAAGAUGUUUUUUUUAAGAAAAUAUUAUUUUCUAUUGUCUGUCAAUUUUCUUACUUCAAUAGUCUAUUAUUGGUCAUGACCGAGAGCUGUGUGAUCGAAAAGAUUCUUCGAUUUCUUGAUAAUAACAUAAACAGGACAACGAGUUCAUCAAAUUAUUUGAAUUUGUUACCGAAUGCAUUACGGACAUUAACAUUUCUAGUGCCCAAAAUUCCAGAUGAUUUUAUCAAAUAUAAUGGUCCAAUGAAGCUUUUUCAACUACUAAAUCAAAGUAUGACAGAACCAAUAAAUAUUGAAAUGACAUUAGAAAUUGUUAAAACUUUCUGUCCAAUAGUUACUUUUGAAUGUUUAAGUUUAUUAAUCCAAUUACGAGAAGUAGAAGCUAUCCCUACAUUUUUAAAAUAUAUAGAAAUAAUUAUUAAUUUCGAUCGAUUAACAAUUCAUUACCAAAAAAUAUUAACAUUUAUUAUUAUUACAAUUGAUAUGAUAAUAACGAGUGAUUUUGAUGUAAUUUCAAUUUAUGGAAAUAAAUUAAUUGAAAUAUUUGUAAACUUAUUAAAACGUUGUCAAAAUCAAGAAAAGAAGGAUUUUAUUUCAAACGAGAGAUUACUCAUCGGCAUAGGGUCUUGUCUUUGGGAAUGUAUAAUUCAGUCUUCAGUGAUGAUAAAUAAACUUGUAGAAAUGGGUGGACCGAACUUGAUUUUAGAUUUAAUAGAUCAAUCAAAUUAUCUUAUACAAAAUGUUUACCUGGGUCUUUUAACAGACUUGUGCUUCAGCUCACUUUGUAUUCCGUAUAUUUGUACAUGGAGAGGUGCUGAUAAGACAAAGACUUUGAUCUCUUUGUUAGCAAGAGUAUGGAGAGACGAAGAAAAUCGAAUAGGAGUAAAACGAACUCCAGACGACCUUGAAUUACCUUUGAUGGGAAUAGAUCAAUAUAAAAAAAAUAUUCUUAUAAAAAAUCAUGGUGAUUUUAGUCCUGCAAUUGCCGCAAUAUUUGGUUCUAUAAGACCAAAAGUCUACAGUAUAAGAAAAAUAUUACUUGUUGAUUCGGAAAUUUGUGAACAAUUGCGCGAGCAUUAUAAAAUUUUUUUAUAUGACUUACCAAUUGAAGAUUCCAUAACAUUUUGUAUUGUGGAUAAAUUCUUUAGAUUUGUACAAGGUCAAGUAUGGGCUGAAGUAAUUAGUCAUAUAAAACAGUUUGGUAUAAUUCCAGUUGGUACUGACGGAGAAAUGUUACUUGUAAUGAGACAAAGACAUCGAAAAUAUGCAUUAUAUGUUCGAGAUUGUCAAGAAAAACUUUUACGAGAUCUUAAAAGACAUGAAAUGAUUAAAGAACGAAAUGAGCUUAUAAAAAUUCGUAAUGCGGCUCUAUCUUCCAUACUAAUAGCUUUUCAAAGAAUGAUAAAAAAAAAAGCUUUUGAAUAAUAAUUUUGUAUUUAAUUUUAUUGUUUACAUAGAAUUACUGUCAGUUAACUUUUUUCAAAUAAGAUAUGUUAAAUAAUUGAAUGUUCUAAUCGUAUUAUUACAUAUUUUUUUAUUUAAAAAAUGUUUAUUUUUAAAUAUUAAGUAGAUUCAUAAAAAAUUAUCAUCAUCCUAAAAUUAAAAAAAAACAUUAUUUAAUAGCCGCAUAACUACUACGCGCCAAAGAAGCCUUAGUUUGAUUAUUUAAUAGCAAUGAAAAAAUUCAAAUGAGUAAAAUGCACUCAAUAUUCUUUGCUUGAGCGGUAAAAUAUUGUUAUAAAGAUAAUUUAUUUUUAUUUGUUUAUUGCAUUUUGGUUCUGGGGAAGACCCUUUCAAAACUACCAAAAAUGCAAAUGCUUGAACCUUAAUUGAUACAUACAUCCAAUGGUUAUUUUGAAAUACCUAUAAGAAUAGAAGAAUUAAAAUAUAUAAAUUGGUAAUCAAAUGUAAGCUGCUAAUCAGUCAUUUUUCUCUCGACAUAUAAGAUAUUUAAAACAUCUCGUUUUAAAAAUACUUGGACUUUUUGCCGAUGUUAUCUCUUCUGGCAGUGAGUUACACAAAUAAAUAUCAAUAACGAUAAAAGAUUUUUUAUAAUAAUCUGUGACAAACAAGUAUCAAUAAUAAAUCAGUCCUUAUGAUUGAUCAAUUCUGAUAUUGUAGUUAUCACUUCAUAAACAUAACUUA